AUGGUGGUUCGGUGGGCGCGCUGGGCGGCGCUGGCGCUGGCGCUGUGCGCGGGCGCCGCCGCACCCCCCGGCCCGCCGCCGCAACCCUCCGCGUCCUCCGCGUCCGCCGCGCCCGCCGUCUGCGAACCCAUUCUGUUACGCAAACCGCCGCCUCUGCCGACGAACGUGCGGGAGUAUGAGGCGGCGGUGGUGCAGGCGGCUCGCGCCCUGUCGGAGAUGGUGGAGCAGGGGUCGGCGGACGAGGUGCGCGCCGCCGCGCUGGCCCGCGCCGCCGCUCGAACGUUGCUGCGCCCUCCGCCGGCGGCGGUGGCCCUCGGUGCGCCCCAGCUCCACCUGGGCGUGCUCUACAUAGCGGAGCCGCCCCGCCUCGUCGUCUUUCAGCAGAACAACUCCGCCACCCUGCAACAGUUCUGGCGCACUCUCGCGUCGGCGUGGAACGCCAGCGCCGUCGUAUGGUCGAACGCGUGGUACGCGUGCGAGGGGCCACCGAGCUGGUGGGGCGGGACGGCCGCGGCCCGGGGCGCCGGCCCCGCGCGAGCCGCGGCCGCCAUAUUCAGGAAGAUGCCGACCCUGCCGUGCGAGGAGAGCAUGUACGACUACUUCGGAGGGCCCCCGCUGUGCGACGCUCGAACGACCGAAUGCGAAGCUACGCCGGCGCUAGUCUCGGACAGAAGACUGGAGUACCGAUGCCGAUGCAACGCGGGGCACUGGCACGCGGGUGGCGGCGGCUGGAUCGGCGGGUCGCGGCUGGAGCAGGGCGGACAGGGAGGCCGGCUGAACUGCUCGGCGUGCGAGGUGGGCAGCAGCGCCGCCGCCUGCCUCGCCGACAUGUACCGCGCCUCGCUGCUCGCCGCCAACCUCACCGGCAUCCUCCUAUGUUUCGUCAUCGCAUUCAUCAUUUUCAAGAAGCGAAAGUGUAAAGCGGUCGCGAUGGGUAUGUGGACAGUGCUGGAAGUGGUUCUACUUGGUGCGGCUUUAAUAUACGCGUCCGCGGCGUCGCAGUACAUAUCGGUGUCGCGGUGGCGGUGCGUGGCGGGCGCGUGGCUGCGCGAGCUCGGCUUCGUCGCCUGCUACGGCUCCGUCGUGCUGCGGUUAUGGGUGCUGCUAGCUGAAUUCCGCACCAGGAAGGCGCAUAGAUGGACGCCAAGGGAUUCUGAGGUCCUUCGUAUAGUAGCGGCGAUGCUGCUGGGCGCGGUGUGCUACCUGUGCGCGUUCACGGCGACGACGGCAUGCGAGGACGAGGCGGGGGCGGGGGCGGGGUGCGCGCGCGCCGCCUGGCACCACGUGACCGCCGCCGCCGAGCUGCUGCUGCUCGUGGCCGGCCUCCGCCUCGCGUAUGCGGCUAGAAAUGCUAAUGUGCCGUUUCAGGAGCGGGGCUGGCUGUCCUCGUGCCUGUGGGUGGAGGGUGCGUGCGGCGCGGCGUGGCGUGUGGCGGCGCUGAUGGGGGCGGCGCCGGAGCGGUCCCCGCUGGCGGCGGCGGCGCGCGCGCACCUGUCCGCGGGCGCGGCGCUGGCGUGCGUACUCGCGCCCCGCCUAUGGCACGGCUACCGGGCGAGAUCGCUCGCCCAGGAGGUCUCUCGAAGAGGGCCAGCAGAAGGGUUCGGUGUGGAAGGUGAAGAGGAGCCUACCCAGGAGGAAGUGAGAGCGGAGUUGAAGCGGCUGUACGUGCAGCUGGAGAUAUUGCGGAAUAAGACGCUACGCCGCGACAACCCGCACAUCAGCAAAAGGAGGGGAGGACGCAAACCGCCGCAUAGACGGUUUUCCCUACAGAAAAAGGGCAGCCGGGAGAAGGCUCUACAAGCUCGACGCGGGGGUAAAAACAAAGCGAGCAACAGCGCCAUAGAAGCCAGCGAGGCCGGCGACGCGUCCCGGACUCCAGAGGACUCCAUAUGUUCCGCCGAGGGCCCCUCACACUUCACCGAAGGGGAAACUGUCGCGUGAUCCCAAAUGUAAGUCUGCCAUGGACUGGCAAAUUUAAAUAUCACGCUAGACCGCUCCAACAGUAGGAGCCUAAAACAUGUCUGUGUAGUUUGUAACUGGCGAGUUUUGGUCUGGGAUGAUCGAUGUGUUUACUGUUUAUAUCUCAUAUUUUAUUACUCAAUCCAUCCUCUGUUUUUAAAUGCCAUUAUUGAUGAUUAGUUGUAUUAUAUGAUGUUUGAUUAAGUUGAUUGCUAAAUCUAAAUGGAUCCAAGUCUCGUUUUUGUGUCCAUAUUUUAGGGAAUUUGAAACGAAGGGAAAUCGCUAUGAGGUGGAAAAGUUUAUAAAAACCGACUUAACUGCGCAUUUAAGACUUAAAAGUACAAAGGAACUAGUCAGAUAAAUCACGUUACCAAAGCGUAUAGUUAUACGACCAAUAAAGAAAUUUGCUUACCUACAUAAUAUAUACCAAAGCGUAUAGUUAUACUGCCAAUAAAUAAGUUUGCUUACCUACAUAAUAUUAAAUAUAUAUAUUAUAUAGUACGUUACUCAGUAGUC